UUCAUGUUUUUCUAUCUCUUGCACCUAGCGUAGCUUGCUAGCUGUCUAUCACUUUUUAUCCGUGUUGGUUUGUUGUUAGCUAUCUAGCUAGUUAACGUUAAUGUCUUUAUGUAACGUUACCAAGCUAGUUAAAUCUUCAUAUCGUUAACUUUUCAGCUUACUAACGUUAACUAUCUAGCUAAAUAUGGACUAACAGUGGUAACUCGUUAUCUGCUGUUAGCUAUCUUGCUAGUUAACGUUAUAUGUCUUUAUGUAACGUUACCAAGCUGGUUAAAUCUUCAUAUCGUUAACUUGUCAGCUUACUAACGUUAGCUUCGUUAACUUGUCAGCUUACUAACGUUAGCUAUCUAGCUAAAUAUGAACUAGCAGUUAGUGGUAACAACUCACUGUGACAACUUUCAGGUAGCUACUAAGCUAGGUGCGUUUAGCAACGCUAGUAUUUAACUUACAAACUAGAGUUGUUGGGAAUUUCCUUGCAAACCCCCCCCUUCAAAAAGUCCCCCACAAUUUCUUGCUUUUUUUGUGCAGUUAUGGCGUACUUGCAGGACUGUUAUUUUGGCAUGAGGUAAGCGGAGAGGAAGUGGGUCUACAACUGACCCAUGUUUGGAAAGUUUAAUUCAUGUUCUAUUAUAUUCUUUUUCUAAAUUUCCCCCCCAUCAUAAGGACCAACCGUACGGACAAUCGGCAGAGCAUACCACAGAUGACCUAAGACACGGACAUAAGGAGAAACAUGUUUGACGCUUUCAAGGAUCAAAUAUGGGAAGAGUUGGGACCUCUGAACCCAAACUGGUUUGAGGAACUCACUGCUAAAGCUUCCAGUUGGGAUUGGGGUGAUACAGAGAAAGAGAAUCCCAUCACUGCAAUAUCUUGUGGACAAGAUGGCAGUUUCAAAACACCAUUGGGGAAAUGUCCCCUUGAUGGUGAUAUGUUCUCUACCCCGAAGAUUUUCAGGCAGAGAAGACCACAGUCACCUGAGACACUGACAGAAGAUGCACUUUUCUUUCCUGAUCAAGGAACCUCUGCAACAGUAAAAAUGGACACAAGCCCAUGCUUAUUUGGAAAAUCAAUAGACCGCGAGACCCCCAGUAAAUCCUAUAGAAAAAGGCUGCAUGGAGACAUUUUUGGGCUGCUUGACACACCGAAACACUCUACGAUCUUUUUAUUUCCACAGGCACACUCUGCCAAACGUAUAUCAGAAAGUCUUGGUGCACAGUUAGACCCUGAUAUGUCCUGGACCAGUUCUCUCAAUACACCUGUCAUGUCGCCCACCAUCAUUUUGACUAAAAGUGAGGAGCGUAGGCCUAUGUGCCCAGUAAGAAUUGCUACCGAAGAGCAGGUUAUGUUUGUGCGAAAGCUUUUCCCCUCGGCCAAGGAGUCUGGAAGCACAAUGCUGUCACCAGAACAGAAUGAUAGACCUCUCUGUCAACACAAUGGACUGGAUUCCCACUUGCCUGGUGUGAUUGACAUCUCCCCUGGCUUUCAAGACACGUUACCUGGUGACAGUGGCAGCCAUUGGAAACAGACUUUACCAGAUGCUAUUGAGGACGGAGAAAUCCGCAGCACAAUGGCCGGUGUUCUAGAUGGAGCUGAGGAUGUCCUCUCCAUAUUCUUCAGCAACAGAAGUUUGGCUUUACAAAGGGUGAAGACCAAGGAGAGAAUCAAAAGGAAGCAAAGUGGCGCAACUAAGGAACACGUACCUACUUCUACAAUGGAACAUGACAAAGUAUCCAGUGAGAGAGCAGGAGAAUACCAACACACCAGGGAAACCUCUGAGGCUCUUGAGUCCAGGACUGACAUGAAGUCUGGGGAUUUGGCGACUUCUCAGUGGACUCCAAUAAAUGUACCUGACAUUUCAGACUAUGAUAUGGAUUCAUUUCACCAUGAGGGGUCUUCCUUUACUAAACACAUAAUUCCACAAGAUGGCAUAAGUGAAACAUUCUGUGACUUCACUGGAAGCCAGCAGCCAGAUCGUGGCUCCUCUAAGCAGACUGUCCAGGUGGAGUCAGCCCUUUCUAGAAGAACAUUACCAUGCACCAGCCAGCCAGAGGGAUCUCAAUUGACAGGGUCUGUAGUCGAAAGCUCUCUAGAACACACCUUUCCCAGGAAAACAAGGACAUUUGUUUACUGUGUCCAAAAUCCACUUCUGUCAGUGCAAGAUAAAUAUGUUACUCAGAUGUUACCUGCAUCACCUGGAACUGCUCCCAGGGGUGAAAAUCAGAACAUAAAACAAAGUGAAACCAUACCAAAUGAAGCUGAGUUUAAUAAUCUUAACAAAAUUGCCUUGGAUGGGAAAAAGCCGCAAGUUCAGCAGAAAAGUGCAACUGAAGAAAAUAUUGUUUCACAAGCACCAACCAAAGACCCUGAUCUUGAUAUGUCACAGCUUUGCAGGGUAUUUGCGCAAGAUUUUAGCCAAGUAGUUGACUACAGUCAACCAUGCAGCAAAAGAGCAGAUGCUAUUAAAAAUGGCUUCUCUGCAUCAGCUUGUCUCUCAGCAAUGAGACUAAGGAACAGAAAACUGUUGAAUAGACUAGAAUGGGGCCAGAAACCUGAACAUCUUAACUCUGGCAUCAGUGAUGAAAUGCAUAUUCCUGGUUCUCAGUUUAGCAACUCUGCAAACACGUCUAGAAUGAAGAGUACAGUGUGUGAUAGCAGCUUCCCCCCUUACACCCUUUCUGAUGUCACACAAACAGAAUCAUCCAACGUUCACCCUAGCUCUGAAAAAAGUUAUGGAAAUCAAUCAUCUAGAGGGUUUAUAACAGGUAACAACUGGAUUAUCUCUUUGCCUCCAGAAGCAAUAAAGAAAGCAAAAGCAUCAUUAGAUGACUUAAUUGAGGAAAAUAUGACUAAUGUUGUUACUGCUGCCAGUGAAGUGAAACCUGUGUUGUCGUGUGUGACAGGAAGCCGACUGUCCACAGAAGUGAAGUUCAUUAGUCCACUCAACGUUGCCAAAAGGUCAAAGCAAACCAGCGUAAAAUUGAAUGGUCAAGUUCAGGUUCAGACCCCUCAGAGCAUCAAUGUUUCGGUUUCCUCACACCCUGGGUCUGGUUUCAAAAUGGCCUCCAAUAAGAAGAUACAUUUUUUUUCAGCAAAUCUGGAGAAAGUCAAGGAUCUGUUUGAGAUUGAGGAUGAAAUACCUGCAGUCAAUAUUCCUGAGAUAAGCCUUCCUGAGGAAGGUAAUAUGUCAUGUGGAUUGGAGCUUGUUGAUGGAUCUCAUUUACCACCUCUACCCUAUACACACCAGAGGUCUGUUGAUAGCCAAGGUCCGUUGACAGCCUCACAGAGAGCUGAUGUUUCAGAAUUGUGCAGUCUCUUAGAAGCUGCAGACAGCCAAUUGGAAUUCACACAGUUUAAACCAGCAAAGCUGAACUUCUAUGUUCCAGAUGGUAGCCCCCCUCGUCAAUCUGAGAAAGAAUUGGAUCCCGACUUUCUCACAGGCAUAGAUUUCGAUGACAGUUUCAACUCUGAUGUUGAGAAGCAAUCUGUGAAGAUGGCCACCACUGACAAAAAUACAACUAUUUCUCAUUGCAAGGAAAUUUGCCAAGUAACAACCACCGAAAUUAAAUCUAGUGGGGCAUCAUCCAGCAAUUCAACAGAGAAACCCAAAGAACAUGUUAUCCACAGAAGAGUACUUUACUUUCCCAGUUAUAGCUCUGAAAACAUAGCUGAGCGCUCCUUUGGUUUGUUGACAAAAACCACAAACGAGAACCAUCUGCUCGAUAUGGAUACGAACACCAGUGGAAUGGAGUGUGAAAGCAAAAGUCUCCCCAAGUUGGGUGUGGGUUUUAAAACUGCUGGCGGAAAUGCUAUGAUAGUUUCAGAGAAGUGUCUGAGCAAUGCAAGGGCCUUGUUUGCAGAUUUAGAGGAAAAAAACUGUGCACCCAAGUGUGCAGUAAAAAAUACGGAACAAGUUGAAACCUCACCUGUUCAAUAUAGAGGCGAAGUUGAUACAAAUGUUGAUUCGAAUGUGACACAUUUUCAUGGCCCUGAAAAAAAAGUAGAUCUGAAGGAACCACGUGAUGAAUACAGUGACAAGAUUAAAGUGGACUUUAUACAUUCUCACAAACAUGGGGAUGGUGGUUUCCACACAGCCAGUGGUAAAGGAGUGACCAUCUCGGCAAAGGCCCUUCAAAAAACAAAUGCAGUUUUCAAAGACUGUGACGCUAUGGAAAGGUCAGGUUGUGCAGCAGAAAAGCUGAGCAAAACAAGUGUAUCAGAGACUGGCUGUAAUAAUUUUGAGAGAAACAAUUGUGGCUUUAGCACUGCUCGAGGUAAGAGAGUUGAUGUUUCUGCAACAUGUCUACUGAAGGCAAGGACUCUCCUGAAUGACUGUGAUGAAUUGGAAAAAUCUAAGCCAGGGAAAAUCCCUAGCUUGAAUGCAAAGAUACUAAGUCGGAAUAUUCAGCAGAAAAGUGACUGUGAUUUUAAGAAACCCAGUUGUAAAGCAGCCUCCAUAUCAGCAAAGAUCCCUUUUACAGCAAAAACUCCAUUUGAUGGUGGCACGUCACAUGAAUUUCUAGGGGCAAAGAGGAAAAUGCUUGAACCAGAAAAUUCUCAAACCCAUGCUAAAGAUCCUUUGAAAAAUGGAUCUGGGUUCAGCACUGCCAGUGGUAAGAGAGUGUCUGUGUCCAAAAGGGCGCUGUUGAAAGCACAGGCUCUUUUGAGUGAAUGUAAUGUAGAUGGAGAGGAACUUUCUAAAUCAAAGAAAAAGAUCAGCGUAGAUCUUCAUACCAUUCAAAAUCCUACACAGAAGCACAGUGGAUUUAAGACUGCUAGUGUCAAAGAAGUUACCGUAUCACCUAAGGCCCAUAAGCAAGCAAAGGCUGUUUUCAACAACUGUGAUUCCAAUAUGGACAGCUUAAUCAGUGCUGAAGCAAAGCACGGGAAUAUAGACGUAAAGUCUGCUGAUGGUCUGAUGAACAAUCCAGGGGAAAGCUAUUGUGCCUUCAUCACAGCUGGUGGAAAGAAUGUGCAUGUAUCUGAAAAAGGUAUUUUGAAGGCGAAGAGCAUUCUGAAUGAAAACCUUGAUAACUGCACAGACUCAAAUGCCAUUGAGGAGGCUUGGUUUUCAGAUGGUAGAUUUUCAUUACUCACUGAAGAUGGUACAGGUGUCAAAAAAGGAGCUAGGAACAAAUCAAAUUCUUCUGACCUCAACGGUGAUGACAAGAGCUGUGAUUUCAGCACUGCCAGUGGCAAGUCUGUGCAUAUGUCCGAUGGAGCACUCCAGAAAGCAAAGUCUAUUCUGAACGAAUGUGAUGUAAUUGAAAAUCCACAACCUGAGAAUGGCCACAAAGUGCAUCUGGAAAAGAUUCCAACAAAGGAAACGCAUGAAAUCUCUCAUGGUAGCACAGCCAGUGGGGAAGGGGUGUUUAUUUCAGAAAAGGCUCUUCAACAUGUGAAGUCUGUGUACGUUCUGGGUGAGACUGGUAAUGUAAAAUAUUCAGUUGGCAGUAAUCCAGUAGGAAGCCGUUUUGGUUUUAGCACAGCCAGUGGUGACGGACUGUCUGUUUCAGAGAAGGCACUUCAAGAAGCGUGUGAUGAUACCCUUGACAGUGAUACUGACCCUCACAAAAGAUCUGAAGAAAAUAGGCCACUGAAGGUCCCUACUCCCCAUAUUAAUGUUCAGCGUGUGCCGGUCAAAGCAGUUCGACUGGAGGACUGCGAAGUGAUCCAGACCAUUGUUGGAAUGGCAUGUCAGUCUUCAUCUGUAGAAUGUCAAGCGGAGUCUUCCUUGUUAAAUUUUGAAUCCCUUGGAUUCAGUGGCUGCUCUGUGACCCAGAGGAGGUACUUUGCCCAGGAGGCCAUGGAUUGUACCAAGGCUCUUUUAGAGGACGAAGACUUGACCGAUCAUUGUCCUGGAACACCAAUCCAAGCUAUCCCCAUGUCCUGCAAGGGGGGUUUUGAGAUGAGAAGUGGAAUUGGGAAAAGGUCGGCAGAGGAUUUAGGGAUGACAGACCAGCCUCCUCUGAAAAGAAGACUCUUGACCAAAUUCGACAGAACUGUGGAUUGUAGUAGACGGUCAAAACUCACUCCAGCUAAAAGCAGUUCAGAUGGUAUAUUUAAAGACAGGAAAGUCUUCAAAUAUAAUGUGGCUCUUCAACCUAAUGUCACCAGGCCAUAUCGCGCUAAUCAGAGAUGUGUAGACACAAGGCUGAAUAAGACCGAGCCACAGAAGACAACGUCAGAUCCAACCGCCGAAGACCGUAAACCAGUUAGCUCCAAGACAGCUGUAUUUGUCCCCCCAUUCCGGAAGAAUGUCAAGCUUGAGCCACAGAGGAGCAGUGGUCUUCAGGACAAGACUAGAGCGCCUGCUGUGUUUGUUUCCCCGUUUCGAAAAAACAACCGCGUAACCAAGGAGGGUUCCUUUAAGCCUUCAGAAGAUAAUCAUUCUCCCUUCAUCUCUGAAAUGCCUACCAAGACCACAUCUGUUCCACUUCCUGAGUACAACCCCAUCACUGACACUGGUAGUGAUAACGCAAAGGAGUCCAUUAAGGAACAUGACCCACAAAAUAUUGACAGAACGGACGUAGGCAAUGAUGGUGGCCAUUGCCUUCCUGUCACCCUAGGAGGAGAGGAUGCCACUGCAGAGGAGUCUAUUGCAGGUCAGCUAGCCCCUGACGCCACCGGUACCCUUCUAGAUGUUGUUUAUGAUGCAGAGUGCUUGCAGCUGGCCCGAGACAUGCAGGACAUGAGGAUCAGGAAGAAGAAGCGGCAGACCAUUAGACCUCUCCCUGGUAGCCUGUACCUGGCCAAGACAUCUGGGGUGGCCAGGCUGACCCUCAGGGAGGCUGUUGGAGGUUGGCACCCUGUACAACACACACACAAACAGCUGUAUGGCUACGGAGUGCACCGGCAUGUUUCGGAUAUCAGCAGUGAGAGUGCCGAGGCGUUCCGCUUUGUCUGCCGACACUUCUUCAGACGCGAGGCGUUUGUAGAGGGGCGCAUUCAGCUGGCCGACGGGGGGUGGCUCAUCCCUCGCAAUGAUGGAACUGCAGGGAAACAUGAGUUCCACAGAGCGUUGUGUGACAGCCCUGGCGUGGACCCCAAGCUGAUCAGUGAGGACUGGGUGUUCAACCACUACCGCUGGGUGGUGUGGAAACGGGCCUGCAUGGAGAGGGCAUUCCCAGCGCUGAUGGGCAGCCUCUGUCUCACACCAGAACAGGUGCUCCUACAACUGAAAUACAGGUACGACUUGGAGGUGGACAACAGCAAGAGGUCAGCUCUAAGGAAGAUCAUGGAGAGAGACGACACGGCAGUCAAGACCCUGGUGCUUUGUGUAUGUGGUGUUGUCACCAAAGGCCAUAAUCCAACAAGGCAGAGCUGGAGUGAGACCAAGAACAAAACCCCACCCGAGAGCGCCGCAGGGUCUAAAGCGAAGUCGUCCCUUGUAGGCUUGAUCUGGCUGACGGAUGGCUGGUACGCCAUCAAGGCCCAGCUGGACGUACCACUGACCGCCAUGCUCCACCGGGGCCGCCUGGCGAUUGGGGGGAAGGUGCUGGUCCACGGGGCCGAGCUGGUGGGAUCUCAGUAUGCCUGCUCCCCGCUAGAGGCUCCCGACUCCCUCAUGCUGAAGAUUGGGGCCAACGGCACCAGAGCGGCGCGUUGGUACACCAGGCUAGGGUUCUACAGCAACCCUAGUCCGUUCCUCCUCCCCCUCUCCUCCCUCUACAGCAACGGAGGCCCCGUGGGCUGUGUGGACAUUGUGGUGCUGAGGAGCUACCCUACCCAGUGGAUGGAGAAGAAGUCGGACGGAGGGUUUGUGUUCCGCGCAGGCCGUGCAGAGGAGAGGGAGGCGCGGCGUCAUGGCGACUCCAAACACAGAGCCAUGGAGAUCCUGUUCGCCAAGAUCCAGGCCCAGUUUGAGAAGGAGGAGGACGUUUGCGGUAAACCCAGAGGCCGGAGACGGACCCUGCUUGGUCGAGACAUUGAGACGCUGCUGGACGGGGAGGAGCUGUACGACGCAGUGGAGAAUGACCCAGUAUAUCUGGAGGGCCGUCUGAGUGAGCAGCAACAGGAGGCGUUGAACAGCUACAGGCGUUGUGUUGGUGAGAGGAGGCAAGCGGCACUGCAGGAGCGGUUCCGCCAGGCUCUGGAAAGCACCCAGGAGGGCGGGAGCUGUCACAACCGAGACGUGACCCCCAUCUGGAAGCUCAGCGUUGCUGACUCCAGGGCCAAGCCGGGCAGCAAUGUGUACCUGUUGAAUAUCUGGCGCCCCUCCAUGGAUCUGCAGUCCUUGCUGAAGGAGGGCUGUCGAUACAGGGCCUACCAACUAUCCACGUCGGAGGGCAAGAAACGAGCCGGUAACACCUCCAUUCAGCUCACCGCCACCAAGAAAACCCAGUUCCAGAAUUUACAGGCUUCUGCAGGGUGGUUGUCUGAGCGUUUCCAAGCCCGAGAGGCGGUCGGUUUUCGCGUUCUCCUGAACCGGGACUUAAAGCCGCUCUGUGGAGAGGUGGAUCUGGUGGGCUACGUCAUCGCCAUCACAGACAGACAAGGUCACUCUCCAGUGGUGUAUCUAGUGGAUGGCUGGCUGGACUUUGUCAAGGUCCGCUGCUGCAGCAGUCUGGUCCAGCAGGGCUUGGAGGAGGUGGUCAAGCCUCUGGCUCUGGUGGCCCUCAGUAACCUUCAGCUCAGAGCCCAUCCCUCCUCCCCCAUCCACAGCGCCAUCCCUGGCCUAUACGCUGGAGAUCUGGUCUCGUUUUCCACCAACCCUAAGGAGCCACAUCUACAGGAGGCUGCCGCUCAACUCAGGACCCUUGUCCAGGGCCAGGAACACUUCUUCAGGACUGCAGAGGAGAGGUUAUGUAACUUAGUCCAGGGGUCUGUCCAGUGUCUUCCUCCGCCGCCAUGGACUCCAGGCUGGAAAGCAGAUGCCAAACCAAAUGCAAGGACUACUAUGACACCCCAGCAGUCAGUUCGAAGCGUUGGCCCCUUCACCCCCCUGAACAGGGUCGUCCACCCUCCACCCGCCUGCUCCUCAGGGGGGGACAACAAAGACCCCAAGAGCCUGAAAAAAAAGAGGGGCCUGGACUACCUGUGUCGCAUCCCCUCUCCCCCUCCACUCUGCCCCUUGGGCACCAUGACCUUACCCUUGCCGUGCGUCAGCAAGAACUUCAACACCCCUCGCAGGGCCGAGACCCACCGGAUCCUAAAGACACCUCUGGCCACCGCUCCACAGCAUGUCCACCUGCCCCUACAGGAUGAGUGGGUGGAGGAUGAAGAGCUGGUCAUGAUUGACACUCAGGCCCUACACGAUGACAUAGGGAUAGACACGUGACAGAGAAUGUAUUGGACUGUUAUUUUGAAGGUUUCAGAAAACCUCAGCACCAGUGGGUGGCUGGUCAGCUUCUCCGAGCCCACAUGUUGAAUUUGUGUGUUGGGGAUCCACCUAGAAAGAUGUAGUGCCUUUUGUAAGCUACGGGGGGGAGAGAAUUUUAGAGAGGCUAACCAUGACAUGAUUGGUGCCAGGUGAAUGUUAACACUAGCAAAAUGUAGGAAGAUUAUCAUAUGGAGUUGUUUGUAACAUCAGGCUGAAUCAAGUUAGGAUUUGGUCCAUCUUGCCUUUUUGGGCCAAAGUAUUGAUGCCAACAAGGAGCCCAACAAAAUGCAUCGGAAUGAAAAGGGGUCGUCUUGGAGAACUCCUGAAAUAGUUUAGUGAAAUGGCAUUAGAAGAACCGACACGAACUGUAUAAUAUAAAUGAAAAAAUACUGUAACAUUUUUGUCCUUGUGUUUUAUGACCUUUUGUCGCUCGCAUCUGCAUGUUCACAAUAAAUGUUGUAUUGUAUUGGUAA